GGACGAUCCUUAAGGCUGAUCUUCUUAUUCUAUGUAGUCAGUCACAGUCUAAUUACGUGUAUACUGACGAGCAGUUUUUGGUCUUUCCUACAUGAAAGAAACUGGUUGAUAAUCGUUUGCUUCGUCUUCGUUCUUUGGUUCUUGCACCGCGUCGUCCUCGUCGAGCUGUUCAUUCUGUCAACUAUAUCUACGAUACCCGAGUUGUUCAACCUUUUGCUUUGCACAAGUGAAACAACCUUGCCGACGGAUGCGUGUCAUCCCCGCACCCCGCUGGUCCAGCGAAAGGACAAGAAGCUACCUAUUGGACCACGAACAAGCGCCAUCAUGCUGCCCCGAGCCAGCACGUCAGAACAGGGCCGUGAGCAAGGGAACUACAAGUUGCCGGGGGGGCCGCGCCAGAUGUUGAAAAGUAUAUUAACCGGCACGACUAGUACAGGAGCAGCUCCACCAGCACCAUCUUCAUCGAAAGAGCCACUCUACAAGCGGAUACGGGAUUCGAUCACGCUCGCGCAGAACGCGGGCGGGCGGGGACGGAGCAAGGAAGGCCAACAGCAGCUGGUUUUCGGUGCCGCAGUUGGCCACCAGAGCGGACAACUACAAAGCAGCGGUUCAAAGCAGGAGACCGCAGCUGUUGGACCACCAGGUUGUAGUGGUUCUAUUUUGGUGUCCUCUGGAGGAGCUGCAGGAAUUGACACUAAAUCUACUUCGGAGACUUGCAGAGCUACAAAAACUACAACCACAUACAUCCGUGGCGUACGGGCUAGCAGCGCCCUCGACAGUCAGAAGCAGCUUCCGAGGCUAUUGCAAGGAAAAACUUCCUCUCCCCAUACCAAAAAGGGACACUCCUGAACAUUUGUGAUGCUGAUUUGUGGCCACAAAUCGUCCCUGUAUUGCAAGAGGGCAAAGCCAGAGACUCAGCCGCGCUUCGCAGGCACUUUGUAAUGCUGUGUCGCCUACAGAGGAUAUGCCUGCCUUGCUAGGCGCCUACACCAAAACGCCCCUACUUCUGCUGCUCUGCAUCUGCCUCCAGUCUUCUACUGCAAGCAUGGCAAAGUCGAUAGGUGUGCACAAGUCCCGCGUCACGGAUUUCCAUUCCGAUAUGGGGAGGGGGGAUUUUUUCUUUUGAUAGAGACGAAAUGUGAGCCGGAACACGACACUGGAUUCGAGAGAGCACGAAGAUUUGGGUGGCACGGACGAGUCUGAUUCUCGCUCGGACCGGCAGCACGGGGAAGAUUUUUCAGAGAGUUGUCCAUCUCCCCGCCGUAUCCUGUGCAAAAGUAUCGUACUCGUUGUAAUUGCAGUCCUGCAUUACAAAUCUUUUUGUUCAGGUAAAUCCGCAUUACAAACUUGUAUAUAAUGCCGAGUGCGAUACUUUUCCUUUUGCAAUUCAUACGCCGGGGAAGCAGUCGGUCGAGCCGAACCUCGAGUGACGACGAAACGCCCUCUGCUAUCGCAAGAAAAAACUGUUUCACUGUGAACCUGUGAUGCAGAAAAUGAAACAGAAGCACCAAAGUGUCUCUCUUGCUACACCUGCAAGACAUUGGAUCUCCAAGCGUGUUUUCCCUUGGGGAGCGCGCAUGGCAAAUCUUCUCUGUCAUGUGUAGCAAACUUCUUGUGAUGCAGAUCUUGCAAAAUCAUCACAGUGAAACAGUUUUUUCCUGUGACAUCUGCAGUGCGGCGGGGAACAGUAAACCUGAUCCGGACGAAGAAAAAACUACGGCACGGAUCUACUACUUCCACAUGGGCGGGAAAGAAGAACAUUAAAAGCGGUAAAAAUAACCGGAAGAGUCGUUCUUGCUACAAUUCCUGCUGCAAAAAAGGCAACAGGUGCGCCGCUUCUUUCUCUUCCUCUUACCAAACCGGCGUUGACAUGACCUACAGCUUUGUCGCGACGAAGAUGCAGUUCCUUUCGAAAGUUUUCGAAUUUCACGACGCAGCGACCCGAUGGCUCGCGUUCCUCUUCCUCGGACACGCGUGCAGCUCCAUCGUGCUGAUUUUGAUGAACAAAUCCAUCGCGAUUCGCUUUCCGCACAACUUCACCACGGUCGCCGUGCAAAAUCUGGGAACGCUCGGUGGGGCCGGGUUCUUGCACGUCACCGGGAUCCACGCGUUAAAACUGCCGCCACGAAUAUCCCACGAAAAAACUGUUUCACUGUGAUGGUUUUGCAAUAUCCGCAUCACAAGUUUGCUACACAUGACACGGAAAAUUUGCCAUGCGCGCUUUCCAAGGGAAAACACGCUCAAACGUCCAAUGCCUUGCAGGUGUAGCACGACAAAUGGUUCUGCGUUCGAUUCUAUGCAUCACAAGUUCACAGUGAAACACUUUUUUUUUGCGAUAACGAAAGUACCUGUGGCGCAUCGUCCUGAACUCCGCGUGGCUGAUCACGGUGUUGUAUGGAUUGCAAAAAUCCCUGGACGGCUGGAAACUUGUGAUGCUAAAAUGUGGAUGAUGGAAACAGUUCCGAAUGCAACACAGCAUGACAACUUUUCAGAACGCUUUCUCAUAGGAAAUCCGCAUGACAAACUGCGUUUUUGCGUGUACAAAAGAGGCUGCGACUUUUGUUGGCUACGCAAUACAGAUUUCCUAGGUAUGGAGAGCUAGCAUUACAAGUUGCAACCUUCCAGACCCAGAGAUUUUUGCGUUUGAUAUGUUGUGGGCCAGCAUCGCCGCUCUCGGCAAAGUCAGCGUGCCACUGUAUUAUUGAGCUAUGCAAUGUGAGUUUAGCCUAGUAAAAAAGCCUGUUUAGGUUAUCUCCCUGAUAGAUCGUGUUGUACGUCGUGGUUUUUCUGGUGGUAUGAAGGGCCGCCCGUGACUUGCCGCCUGAUGCGAGAUUGCAAGGAGGACCAGGGUUUUUUGCUGAACCAAGGACAGAUCAUUUUGAUCAUCGUUUAUUAUCCUCGAUUUUGUCCAUGUCCACGAUAGAAGAUCAAGAUAGAGAUACUUACUUUCGUCGAUUUUUUCUUUAUCAUGCUAGACUUGAAUCACAAAACAUCAGAUACGUUCUUGCGCGCAAUACGGUACCUUUCCUGACCGCUUUGCUCGACCGAGUUUUACUGGGAGUCAGAAUGUCCUGGCGAACCAUCGGGGGGUUGCUGUUGACCUUUGUCGGUAUAAUUUUGGGGCACAUGUAAAGUAAAAGUUGUAGUUCUAGUUGUCAGUCACAGUCAUGCGUAAAAAACCGCUAGCUGUUCCACCACCGCGUGUAAGAACGUAAGAACAACCUCCAGUUUUGCUCAUCCAAAUGUUCGUACUUAAAAUGUUCCAGGUACCGCCAUCUACACGCUGGCUGAGGCGGAGAUGGAGUACACCGGGUUGAUCUAUUAUCCUCGCAAAAAAAUUCAAAGUCGUGUCUCGAAAGUAUCACGCCGAGGUUUGUAUUGCCUUUUGGUUGAUGUGCAUUAUUAGCAUUUAUAUAGCGUUUCAAUUUCUUCCGCUUUGCAGAUGGGGUCUGUAGUCCACCCAAUUUUCGUCACGAACAGCUUUCAAUUUCGAUUUGAGAUCACUGCAAAACCGAGAACAAAAAGUCCGACUUUUUGGUCGCAUACCUUUGCCAUGCUGAACGUCGUUUUCGUUUCUACCAUCUGCGUUUACGAGUCUGUCACCAUGAAACUGGUCAAGAAGGAGCUGUCCGCCAUACAGCUCAAUUUCUACCGCGUGCUCUUUUCCAUGCCGUUCCUGCUAUGCAAGAAAAAAACUGUGUAUAGUGAAUGUGAAAGUUUCUUCAUACAUUCUUCCAUGUGGGCAGGAGCAUCCCACGUGACAGCAAGCCAAAACUGUCAUGCGUGGCUGGUACGUGAAUGCGAAAGGUCCAUUACCUACGACGCAUGCCUAGUAUCACAAGUGUACUUAACCGUUUUGCAUCCCUUGCAUCACAAGCACAGUUUUAUUCUUGCGAUACCUCCCGCCGAUCCUGUACUAUGAAUGGACUAGCGCAAGCGUCGGCUUCGCGGAGAUCCAGGAGCUCAUAAGACCCGUCUUCAUCCAGUUGGUCCUGAGCGCUCUCUUGGCGUUUAGCAUCGGUAAAUGAGAUAACGAUAAGGACGUUGCGGCUGCUUGUGUUGCUUUGCCUCCUGAAAUAGAGAGCAUUUCUUGUUCAUCUCAUGCAAUGCAUAAAGCAACGACAACAGCGCGUGGACGAUGGUUACAUGCACAAAAAAGUCGUAUUUGGCAGGUUCUUUCCUUCUCGGUCUCCAGGGCCUCUGUUCCGCGACCACUAUCCAGUUGGUAUGACAGUGCACAACUUCCCCUCCCCCUCAUUUGUAUGGCAUGAACAGCAACACAAGCUACAGCAGAAAAAGGGCUUUCGCAUGACAAAUCUGCGUGCAGAUUGUUGUGCGAUUUGAGGUUCCAAAAUUUGUCAUGCGUGCAGUACUUACGAGCAAGGUGUGAGUUUGGUAUUUUGCAUUACAAUUCAAAUGAGGGGGAGUUGAAUUUGUGCACUCUCAUAGUUGGCGAACAUCAGCUACAAGUUUGUGACCACCAUGGUGAGCAGACUCACCCACCCGUCCGAGGUGCAGUUUAUUGGGUGGGUGGGCUACGCCAUCUGUACGGCCGGCUUGGUGCAAUACGCGGUAAAUCCGGCGAAGGCCACGCCGGUUGGGCAGCAGACGGUCGAACGGCAAAAGUUGGACAAGAAGAGUGGUAAAAAGCAAAAAGUUGAUCAUGAUGAAGACGAGGAGAAAGCAGAAGAAGAGCCAAAAACUGCACCACCAGCUCUCUUCACACAAGCGAUGAAAAUGGUGUCCAGCAUGAAGCAGGCGGCCGGACGAGGGAAUAAAAUCACUUCUAGCAGUAAGUCGCCCAAGAACAGUAGUAAUACGGCAAACCGCGGCACUUCUUCGUCAUCCAAAAAAAACGCGACUACCGUAGGGAAGAACAAAGCAAGGAGCAGGACGCGAAGUGUUUCCACUUCAGGAAUAAACAACAAUGCAAACUACAAGACAAAGAUGAAGUAACAAUAAAGCAUUUUUGGACAGAAAUUUCUGCAGCAGCAGCUUUCACCCCCUCGGUUUGCAUAAAGUUCUUGCAGCGAGCAGACGGACGCGAGACGACAAGGCUUCAUGGUUUUAUAAACUACAAGUUGUGGAGGUCUAGCAGCGGAAGAAUUACGGAGUUGAGAGUAAGUACUUGUUUACUUCUUCAAUGUUGGUGGCACAUGACGGGCCGACUUUAAAACCAAAGAGGCCGG